CAAUAGUCACACUACUCAUGAAGAAAGCCUCAACAAAGUUGCCUAUUUCACAAAAUCAAACUUGUGUAUCAUUCCCUUCAGGUUCCUAGCUAGAACAGAUCCCAUAGUGUCGCCUUGCUUUUUGAGGGACAAAUAAAAGCCGCAAGUUCCUCUUAUCCUGUUCGUACCAUCAACUUUCACUUUGGCAUUUGAAUCCAUCCUUUUCUAUAAAAGCAGAGGAUGAUAAAUCAUGCUAUAUAAUCAUAUCAUAUGUUUGGCUUUCCCACCGGAUUUACAUUUAUAUAAAGACCGAAAUCAAUCAUCGUAUACUGACAGAAUGGAAAACCGCCGCCAGAAGAGCAGUUCCGGCGACAAAUUCUCAUUCCCGAUCAUGGGCACGCCGGAAAAGGAACCCGAAGACGGGGAAUUUGAAUUCGGGUGCAUUUCAACCUCGCCGGAAGCCUCCCCCAACUCGCCGGCCGACCGGCUCUUCUUCAACGGAAAGCUAAUGCCCCACAACUUCCCGUCGUCCGGACAACCAGCGGCGGUCACGGAUGGAUUCUCGUAUUCGCGAUCGACGAGCAGCGUCAGCAGCGGCAAGGACUCGAUGAUGUCAUCCCGGAGCAACAGCGGCAGCAGCUCCGGCGGCAGCGCCAGAACCAGCGCCAGCGGCGAGUCGGCUUUUAACGUUAAUAUCAGACGAUUAGCUAUUAUUAAUGUUAACAAUAGAAGUAAAUGGGCCCAUUCUUCCAACAGGCCGCUGCCGAGCUCUAAGCCGCAACUCGUCCCUCCUGCUUCUAAGAAAUCGCAGUUCAUGGCUGCUCCGGCCCAUGGGCCGGUUCAUCUCAGGAAUAAGCGGCCCGGAUCUGUCUCGCUGGGGAAAGGGCAUAAUAGUCAUGAAGUUAAGCAGGAAAGUGAUGAUGAAGGAAGUGGAUCUCCGCCGUGGUUUGGUCGGAGGAUAUUAAGGUCAAUUGUAUCCUCUUGCAAAGAAUGUCAUGCCAUUCCACCCACAACUAAGCAGGCCAAAAAUAUUGUUAUCUCAACAAUUUAGAAAGUGUGGCUAAGGGUUGAAAGGGCAGUACUGUAUUUUCACAACUCUUUUCUGCAACAUCUUAUCAUUAUCGGGACGAAACUUGAUAGAACAAAUUCUUGUAUUUGGACACAUUUUUUCCUAGUUGUUCCUGUCUUUAUCAAGUCGGAAUACGAAAUAGCGUAACGGUGCAUCUUGCGCCAAUGUAACACAUUUCUGGAUACAUCGAAAUGAAGUAUCGAGAAUGUGAACAACAUAUUUUGAAUGGGUCUAUCUAUUUUGUUGUUCUAACUAUCACAAAGUAAUUAUUGGAAUGGACAGACCGACCGAAUUUGACACGGAU